CUUCAACAGACAAGGUUGUUUUUUUUUUCUUCGGCGCCCAUGAUGGUCUGAUCAAGGAAAUGUGCAACCAUGCUUGUUUAGCCUAUUGGCAGCAAAGAAGUGCGCUAUUCUGUCUCCCUAGGCUUUAUCUUUCAGUAAUCAAUGAUUUCAUGACACCGAUGAAUGGACAACUACAAUGAGCUUAAACUGAAAUCCUGAAACUGCUAAUGCAUGCUUGCAAGUUAUUCUUCUGACCUUACAAUGAACAGCUAUCGGUCCCUCACUCUCCUGUAAGUUUUUAAUAAUCGAUACAAAUACAGAGCUUCUGAAGCUGAAUUCAGCACUGAGCAUUCUUGAAGCUGCAUCGUGUAGUUUGAUUCCAGUAGAUUGCUCAAAGCUGCAUUUGUGUCCAUCUUUGAAUUCGGAGGAGUCUACGAGUCCUGAGUCUUCUUCGGCGUACAUAGUGAAUCUAUGAACACAGCAUCAGUGCUUUACGCCCAUGGCACCAUCAUUUGCAACACAGCAGAAAAACAGGGGCAAGAAAACUGUUAGAUCCAAGAGGAAGAGGCGGAAGAGGGCGGCGUCUGCGCGUUGUCGCCGGAGGCGGGCACAAUGCCGCGCCUCCGCCUCCCUGUGGUCCUCCUCCUCCCCAUAACCCUCACCAUCCUCCUCCUUCUCCUCUUCACGUCUUUCCCGCGCCCACGCCUGCCCACGCCGCAGCCGCUCCCCUGCGGCGCCGCGCUCUCCGAUGCGGCCGACGGGCGGUGGGUGCCAACCCCGUCCCCCGCGCCGCCACCGCUCUACUCCCCAUCCUGCCCCUUCCACCGCAACGCCUGGAACUGCCUCCGCAACGGCCGCCCCCAGCUCGCGGCGCUCUCCUGGGCACCCACCCGCUGCGGCGGCGCCGUCGUCCCGAGGAUCGACGCCGCGGGGUUCCUGGCCGCGGCCAGGGGACGACGUGUCGGCCUCGUGGGGGACUCGCUGUCCGAGAACCUCGUUGUCGCGCUGCUCUGCGCGCUCCGCUCGGCGGACGACGGCGCGCGCAAGUGGAAGCGGCGAGGCGCGUGGCGCGGAGGGUACUUUCCCAGGGAGGACGUCGUCGUCGCCUACCAUCGCGCCGUCCUGCUCGCCAAGUACACGUGGCAGCAUGUGGGGAAGUCCAAAGAACUUCAGAAGAAUGGAAUAAAAGGAACUUACAGAGUGGAUGUUGACAUCCCUGCUGCUGAUUGGGUAAAUGUCACAAAGUUCUAUGAUGUGCUAAUUUUCAACACUGGACACUGGUGGAAUACAUAUAAAUUCCCAAAAGAGACUCCCCUGGUUUUCUACAAAGGAGGAAAGCCGAUUGAGCCUCCACUUGGCAUGGACGAUGGACUGAAAGUAGUUCUGAAAAGUAUGGCCUCUUACAUUGAAAGGGAAGUUCCCAGGAAAACACUGAAGCUGUGGCGCACACAAUCACCUAGGCAUUUCUAUGGAGGUGAGUGGGAUCACAAUGGCAACUGUGUAUCUGAUAGACUCCUUGAAGAGCAUGAGCUCGAUUCUUGGUUUGAUCCCCAGUUUGGGGGAGUGAACAAAGAUGCGAGGAUGAUGAAUUCAGCAAUCCAGGAAGCCCUAGCUGACACUGAUAUUCAGUUGUUCAACCUGACUUACAUGAGUGAGUUCCGUGCUGACGCCCAUCCAGCUAUCUGGCUCGGCAAGAAGGACGCAGUGGCUAUAUACGGACAGGACUGCAUGCAUUGGUGCCUGCCCGGCGUGCCGGACACUUGGGUCGACAUCUUGGCUGCACAGAUCUUGCAUUAUUUGAAGCAGGGAAAAGGCUGAUUGCCUUGCUGAAGUUAGAAUCCUUGUCGACAUUUUUUCCCCUAUUGGAACGAACCGCGCCUUGUAAGUUUGAAUGGAGGGAGAAGAUCCCGAACAGAGAAUGAUGUCAAGGCCCCCAUUACAUGCCUCAAAGAAGGGAAAUGCCCCGUGGGUGUGUCAUCGUCUCCUGAUCGAUCUGUGGAUCAAGGUGUUCGCUACUAGCCUGGCAUCACAUCCUCCCCUCGUAGGUCACUUCCACCACUCAGGAGUUACCCGGGCCGGAUCUGACUAUUGGAGACCCUGCACGGCUAGUGAAUGUUCCAUGCUAUAUAAUUACAACCUUACUUUUGUAGUCUCUGACAAGUACGUUUUCCAUAAUGGCCUGCUGUGAUACUUUUUGUCUCAACUACUUUUGUUGAUGUUUCAGAACCCUGCCCUGUCUCUAUGGAAAAUAAGAGUGUUAUGCUA